UACUUGGGUCAGUAUUAGUUACUAUAGUCCAUCUCUCUCUCUCUCUCUCUCUCUCUCUCUCUCUCUCUUUGUAGCAAUGGCUGGACUUCGAUUGGGGCCAGAUGACUCGGAGCUAUCGCAGCAGAGCCGAGCUGCUCCGGCCGAUCUCAUCUCCGACGACGACCGCUCCGUCGCCGCAGACUCAUGGUCCAUCAAGAGUGACUACGGAAGCACUCUCGACGACGACCAACGCCACGCCGACGCUGCCGAGGCCCUCUCCGCCGCUAACCUCCGCGCCCCCUCCGAUUACAGUUCUGACAAGGAGGAACCAGAUGCUGAAGGUGUGACAUCAAUGCUAGGUCUUCAGAGUUAUUGGGAUGCUGCAUAUGCAGAUGAGUUGGCGAAUUUUCGUGAACAUGGUCAUACUGGUGAAGUUUGGUUUGGAGCUGAUGUCAUGGAAGUUGUCGGCUCUUGGACCAAAAACUUAUGCAUUGAUAUUUCUCGAGGUCGCAUGCCAAAUCAUGUUGAUAAUAUCAAGUCUGAUCCUGUUGAACAAGGUGAUAAGUAUCUUUCAGAUUGGAGUGUACUUGACAUUGGGACUGGCAAUGGAUUGCUACUUCAAGAACUUUCCAAGCAAGGGUUUUCGGAUUUAACUGGAACCGAUUAUAGUGAAGGAGCGAUUGACCUUGCUCGAAGCCUUGCAGGUCGUGUUGGAUUACCCAACAUUCAUUUUUUGGUUGAUGAUGUUCUAGACACCAAGUUGGAAAGGCAGUUUCAACUUGUUGUGGACAAAGGAACCUUAGAUGCCAUUGGAUUGCAUCCAGAUGGUUCUAUCAAAAGGGUAAUGUAUUGGGAUUCAGUUUCAAGAUUGGUGGCUCCUGGCGGAGUAUUGGUGAUCACAUCAUGUAACAGCACAAAAGAUGAAUUGGUGCAAGAAGUGGAAAGUUUCAAUCAAAGGAGUGUGACCCAGGAACAUGAUGAAACACCCAAAGAUAAGUUCCAAUACCUUAGUCAUGUCCGCACAUAUCCGACAUUCAUGUUCGGUGGAUCCGUAGGAUCACGUGUUGCCACUGUGGCAUUUCUCCGAAACUGAAUCACUAAUCCUUGCGAGUAACAUGGUUUGACGCGGUUCAUGCAUUUGUGUGUGCACACCGAGAAAUGUACUGACUUGUGCAAGUUCUUUUAUUUGUUUGAAAACCAUGAAACUCUCUGAUUCAUUUUAAGCUAUUUCUUCUUUGUCAGGGUUUCUGCUAUGCAAAGUUUAUACAUAAAAUGUACAUUUUAUUGUUAGUUGCUAGUAUGAAUGUAUUUUGGUUAAAUAGCUAUUUUACAUAUUAGAUUUUCCUAUUCUCUA